AUGGCCGAUCGGAACUUCCUCACUAACGCGAAGCGACUCUCCCUCUACGGCGUCCACAUGCACAAAGUUCUCAGUUCCUCUGGCGUCGAGCAUGGACUUGGAGUCUAUUACGGCGGCCUUCUACUCUACUUGAGUCGUAUUCGUCUUCAGCGUUUCUCGUGGCCAAGGAUUAUUAAACUUUCCUAUCGAAAACGUCACUUCAUCAUGAUUGUUCGCUCCCUGGAUGGGGAUCAAUCGGAGAGGACAUACGGCUUCCGCUGCACUACACCACAAAGAGCCAAACAACUCUGGACCCUUUGCAAGAAAUUGGCAAACAAAUCGGACUUUCAGGGGAGAGGAAACCCCAAAAGCAAACUCCGUCAAUUUUCAGAUUUCGUUAAACUGCGAGACUACGAGCGUUCUCGCAAACCCAGCGUGCUGCCCGGAUUUUCGAGUCGCAAAUUCACCUACAAUCACCCGGGCAUGGGUAGCUCUCUUGGUGACCUCACAGCUUGUCCCCCAGAAACCGCCGCACCACACAACCUUCGUCCUCAACCUGCCAUUCGUCGAAUGCAACCCCAACGUAGACAGCCAUCAUCCAAUGAGCAAGCUUAUGGCGGAGACGCCUCGCAAUAUCAAUACGCACCCCAAAUUGCUGGCGAUGCGUCUUUGGGAGCCACCGGUUACAGUCCAGAACAUUGGGGUGGAGGAGAAUCUGCUGUAGACAUGGCCGGUGGUCAGUAUCGUCUUGGUCCCAGCGGUGCCAACCUGGAAUACCAACCUCGACCGGUCUUCAAACCUGAGCCCUGGCGCAUCUCAAACGCUGACAGAAGUCGGUGCUUGGGUAUUGAUGAUCGCGGUUUGGAUAUUGCUGCUCAACGCGACUCUGGCUGGCAGGGUUGUCGAGCCAACAAGGGUGUGAAAGCUCCAGGUUGCUAUUACUUUGAGGCUACAGUCCUUGAAGAUGGUCCUGCUUGUGUGGGUUGGGCAACCAAUGAAGCUGCACUCAGUCCACUGGGCUGUGACGAUCAGGCCUUUGUGCUGGGUAAUGUCAUUGACGGCCAACCGGGUGCCACCUUGAAUUUCAAGGGCAAACAAACAGACUUCUCCGAAGGAAAUAGGAUUGUUGUGUCGCGGGGCACAGUGAUUGGAUGCCGACUGGAUUUGGAUCGAGGCAUUGCCUCAUGGAGUUGUAAUGGAACCGAGUGUCCGCAGGUUCUGAGAAUACCAGAGAAACUUAUUAAUGAACCCUUCUUCCCUGGUGAGUCCCACUAUGUCUUGGCACGCUUCGUGAAGCCUAAUAUUGGUCGUACCUCUUUUCUCUCUACCACUUAA